UGUCUCAAAAAGCCAAACCAAUCUAAAUCAAACCAAAAGCAACAACAAAACCCAAGACAGCAUCCUGCAUAAAAUUAAGGCAAAUGGAGUAAUAUGAUUGGCUCAAUUUUCUAUAUUUUAGGUCCACUUCAUUAAAUUUAAUGUUAAUCUUAAAACAAUCUAUUAUUAAGGGUUUACUUUAAAUAGUUCAUAUUUAAUUACACACCAAAACUAAUCUAUUAAAUUGAAUACAUCCUAAUUUCUAGACUUUUGGGGGUGGACUUUUUGAGACAGGCUGGCCUCAAACUCACGAGAACCCUCCUGCCUCAGCCUCCCAAGUGCUGGGAUUACAGGUGAGCACCAGCACAUCCCACAUUUCUAGACUUUUAAAUUACAAUUUAUGCUUUAAUUUCCCAGAACUUGAAAAAGUAGGUUCAGAUGACCCCUGGAGUCCCCUGGCCCGUAGUCAUCCUGUGAGUCCCAACCCCAUUUAAUGAGAUUCCUGCCUUCACAUCCUCUCUGCCUCUGCCCCUUCCCUGAGCCCCACUCCACCCAAAGAAAGGCGGCUUCAGACUCUCACAGGCAGAUGGGAGAAGGCUGCUUCCCCUGCGGAGAAGAGGCCAAGGAGGGCUAGGCCAGUCCUACUCUCAGUGCUGCCGGCUGGGAGGAGCUGAGGCUCAGGCGCAGCCCAGACUGCAGGAUCUUAGGAGCCUCUUGAUCGGCUCCAGACCCAGAGCACCCUCCUCUCACAGUCCCCAAUCCCUUCCUAACCCGCUUGACCCAGCUCGGCCCCGGGGAGUUUGCAGCAGCUCUUUCCAAGAAAGUCCAGCCAUCUGUUUCCCGCAUUGCUUCUGGGAAGGGACAGUCCUUCCGGCCACUCCAGAGGCCGCUGAGUGUGCUCCGCGGCAGCUGGGGGUGCUCUGGGCCCCGGCGAUGACCACCUCUUGGAGAUCGUCACCUAACCCCAGCUGCCAGCUGCGAGAGGAAAGACUUGCUUUCUGGCCCCACCCUGGAAGAGGAGGAGCUGCCCUCGCACGGAGGAGGAGGAGCAGGAGGAGGAGGAGGGCUGGACAUGUCUGAGGGACUGUCCUGCCCUGGCAAGGAGACGCCUGGCCCAGGCUGCAGGCUGGGGGCCCUGUACUGGGCCUGUGCCCACAACAACCCUGUCCAGCUCCAAGCUGUGCUGGAUGCUGGGGUGUCCCCAGAGGAGGCCACCCAAGUGGACAGCAAUGGAAGGACAGGCCUCAUGGUUGCGUGCUACCGAGGCUUCAAGAGCAUUGUGGCCCUGCUCAGCCGCUGCCCUUUCCUGGAUGUGAACCAGCAGGACAAAGACGGGGACACGGCCCUCAUGCUGGCUGUCCAAGCAGACCACGUGCUUCUGGUGGGUCUCCUGCUCAACUACUUCCCGGGCCUGGACCUGGAGCGCCGGGACCGGCGGGGGCUCACAGCACUGAUGAAGGCUGCCAUUCGGGACCGCUCUGAGUGUGUGGCCACCCUCCUCAUGGCAGGUGCUGACCUGACCUCUGUGGAUCCUGUUCGGGGCAAGACAGCCCUGGAGUGGGCCCUGCUGACUGACAGCUUCGACGUAGUGUGGAGGAUCCGGCAGCUGCUGCGGCGGCCCUGCGCAGAACAGCUCAGCCAGCACUACCAGCUGGAAUGGCCAGCCUUGCGCGGGCUUGUGGCCCAGGCCCAGGCCCAGGCUACCCCGUCCUUCCUGGAAAGGUUGCAGGCCAACCUGAGUCUGUCCUCUGCUCAGUGUCCUCAGGAGGGGGGCGUCCUGGACCACUUUGUGACCAUCACUACCAGCCUGGCUAGUCCCUUCCUUGCCACUGCCUGCCACAGUCUGUGCCCUGACCAUCCCCCAACCCUGGGCACCCGAAGCAGGUCUGUGCCAGAGCUGCUAGGUACUGCCCCACCUCCUCCUCUGUCUCCCCAGCCCCCUCAAGUGGUCUCCAGCUCCCAAGUCUUUGUCCCCUACAACCCUCAGGGCAUGUUCUCUCAGUGGCUACAGCCCAGGAACAGUACCAGCAGCCCAGUACCCAAGAUCCUCCUCUCCAAGGCACCUUCAUCUCCCAGCCAGUUCAAGCUGAUGCUGCCCAGGUAUGAAGGGCGUCAAAGCCUUGCCCUUCCUCUCUGGCAAUACCAGGAGCUCAGGAUGCAGAGGAAGAGACAAGAAGAGGAGGCCAGGAAGGCGCAGAAUUAGAGGAAGAUGGGCUAGGCCAUGCUGGGGGCAGGUAACCAAGCCCUUUCCUAGGCUCCUUUCCCACCUAGAGCCUCUUCUACCCUUCCACCCACCUCUGCCUAAGUGAACCUGCUUCCAACCUGCAAGAGUCCGUCAACAAGGGGGUGGCCAACUCGAUUAUGGGGUAAUCACUGUACACCCAUACACUGUAUUCUACACUGUACCUUGCAAAGCAAGACUAAGAGCUGGGCACAGUGGUGCAAGCCUGCAACCCUAGCUACCCACAAGGCUGGGGCAGGAGGAUCACGAGUUUGAACCCAGCCUGGGCGGCUUAAUAAGACCUUGUCUCAAAAACUAAAA